AAAAAAAAAUCGCUAUUAUCUAGAAAAUAUCUUUUCAAUUUAUAACAGAGUUUAAUUUUAUAAAUUAAAAUUAAUUUAAUUUUAAAUUUUUAACCAAACAAUAAAGUAUUCAAGAUGCCGGCCUAUCAUUCCCAAAUCAAAGAAUAUAAGCAAUCAGUUGGUAAUAUGGCCAUUCUUCCAUUGCGUACUCAAUCCCGUGGUCCAGCUCCAAGUGCAAACAUCGAAACCGAUAUAAUCGAUGAGUCACUGUACUACUUUAAAGCAAAUGUAUUUUUUCGGACAUACGAAGUAAAGAACGAAAUCGACCGAGUUCUUAUCUACAUUACUCUUUACAUCACUGAGUGUUUGAAAAAGCUUCAAAGAUGUUCAAGUAAAAGCCAGGGACAGCAAGAAAUGUACAGUCUUGCUAUUUCCAAAUUCGAUCUCCCAGGUGAUGCAGGAUUUCCAUUAAAUUCUGUUUAUGCCAAGCCAUCUGGACCAGGUGAUGCAGAUCUUAUGAGACAGUAUUUACUUCAGCUGCGCCAUGAAACAGGCAGUAGAGUAUGCGACAAAGUAUUCUCAGAUGAUGGCAAACCAAAUAAAUGGUGGACUUGCUUUGCCAAAAAGAAGUUCAUGGAAAAGUCACUUUCUGGACCAGGCCAGUAAUUAACUAAUUUUCUUUCUUUUUUUUACUAUUAAAGUUAUACAAUAUUCAAAAAACGUAUUAAACAAGUUUUAAAUUGGAAACACCAACAAAAUUGUUUUAUUUGACUAAAGACAAAUAUUUUUUAAAGUUAAGGGGUUCUUCAAGCUUUUAUUAUUCUUUCCAUAAUAUUUUUUGGUUAUUUAUCAUUAUCACUUAAACCAUUCAUUAUUUGCCCUUUAUAUUAAGUUAACAAGUUUAACGAUAUAGAUGAUCAGCUUGCAAAUUGGAAGCGAUUUCAGACUCCCAUUUGUCAC